AUGGAGACCUCAGCUCCAACUACCAAUGAGAAGAAGGAAUGCAAGGGUCCUGGUAUGGAUGGAAGCAGCUUCUCAGAAAUUCCAAAGAAGCCCUCUCCCACCUCCAGAGGUGUCCACCAUAUCUUCCCGACAUUUCACACACCCAUCCCGAUCGACAUGAGGCAUCAUGAAGGACGGUACCAUUAUGAACCUCACCCGUUGCAUGCUAUGCAUGGAGCUCCGGGACUUAGUGGCAGUCCAGUAAUCUCAGAUAUCUCCUUGAUUCGUCUGUCACCUCAUGCACAGACUGGGCCGGGUGAGUCGCCGUUCAGCCCUCCACAUCCCUACGUCAGCCCCCACAUGGAGCAUUACCUAAGAUCAGUACAUGGAAGCCCCACACUCUCCAUGAUCUCUGCAGCACGAGGACUGAGCCCUGCCGAAGUUACCCAUGAACACUUAAAAGACCGAGGCCUAUUCACUCUUCCUCCACCACCUCCAGGGGCAAAUCCCACCGAAUACUACCAUCUGAUGGCCAGUGCCAGCCAGCGAAACCCAUAUGGCGACCUUUUGAUGCAGAGUGGUGUUGCGGCUGCUGCAGCAGCGGCGGCGGCAGCGGCUCAUUUACCGGAUUACAUAAAUCCAGUGGAUGUUUCACGUUUCUCCAGUCCUCGAAUGACGCCCCGGAUGAGCAGGAAGAGAGCACUAUCAAUCUCUCCGUUAUCGGAUGCCAGCAUUGACCUGCAGACCAUGAUCCGCACCUCACCCAACUCCCUGGUUGCCUACAUCAACAACUCCCGUUCUAGUUCGGCAGCCAGCAGCUCCUACGGACACCUUUCAGUUGGCGGAAUCAGCCCUUCAUUCAGCUUCCCUCAUCCCAUUAACCCGGUGGCGUAUCAGCAGUUGUUGUCUCAGCAGAGGGGUCUGAAUGCCUUUGGCCACACUCCCCCUCUCAUUCAACAGCCACCGUCCUCAUUCUCUGCUCGUCAACAUUCCCUGGCCACUCCACCAAUGUCUAGCUCCCAUAACAGCACCAACUCAGAGUCUAAUCAGAAUGCUAGCGGAGACCCAGCAGUGAGCAGCACAGUCAACCCACUUAACUCCAAAAGGACAAAGGUUAAGAUGGAAAUAGAAGGACUUCUACCCAUCUCACCUUCUACUGUGGACCAUAGUGAAGGGAUAUUGGACCUGAGUGAGGAGCUUGAUAAAGAUGAAUGCAAACAGGAGCCUGAGGCCAUAUAUGAGACCAACUGCCACUGGGAGGGUUGUACCAAGGAGUAUGAUACACAAGAACAACUUGUACAUCACAUCAACAAUGACCACAUCCAUGGUGAAAAGAAGGAGUUUGUGUGUCGGUGGGUGGAGUGUUCACGGGAGCAAAAGCCCUUCAAGGCCCAAUAUAUGCUGGUGGUCCACAUGAGGAGACACACGGGCGAGAAGCCACAUAAGUGCACCUUUGAGGGCUGCACAAAAGCAUACUCCCGUCUGGAGAAUCUCAAGACCCACCUAAGGUCCCACACAGGGGAAAAGCCCUAUGUGUGCGAGCAUGAAGGUUGCAACAAGGCUUUCUCAAAUGCUUCAGACCGUGCCAAGCACCAGAACCGCACGCAUUCUAAUGAGAAGCCAUAUGUGUGUAAAAUCGCGGGAUGUACCAAGCGAUACACAGACCCCAGCUCACUAAGGAAGCAUGUUAAAACUGUUCACGGACCCGAAGCUCAUGUUACCAAGAAACAACGAAGUGAUGCUCCUCGAGGGCUUCAGCCACCCAAAGACAAUGGAGAGAAUGAGUUCCAUUCUAAGAAUGGCACAGGAAGUGCAGAUGAGAGGACUGAUGCCAAAGGCACCACUAGAAGCAUGGAAGACUGUCUGCAAGUCAAAUCAAUCAAGACUGAGAAUUCCAUUAUGUAUCAGUCCAGUCCUGGUGGUCACUCGUCAUGUAGCAGUCAACCAUCACCUCUCAGCAGCACCAACAACAACGACAGUGGGGUAGAGAUGGCCAUGCACAGUGGGGGCAGUUUCGGGGACCUGAGUGCACAGGAUGAGUGUCCCAUGGUUGAUUCUACUGUUUCUGCCGGGGGGCAACAGGUAGGGUUAGGUGUCCAUCUGAGGAAAGCAAUGGGUCAUUGUGGCACAGAUACCAUCAAAAUGGAGAAUAUUAAGAAAGAAAGGCUGAAGACAGUGAGAGAGCCCUGUCCAUGGGUCAAUUCAGCACCACAGCCCCCUCACGGCCAACGCUGCAACACAAAGCUGCCCCCGAUACCUGCUGUUGGUUCCCUGCUGGAGAACUCAAACUUAACAAGUAACCUUAACAGUUUACACAAUGGUCAGCGAUUGGGAGACCAGUCUUUUUGUGAAGUGACUCUGCUGAACCAGCUGAAUGAUCGACGUAAUAGCACAACCAGCACGAUCAGCUCAACAUACACCACAAGUCGGCGCUCCUCCGGCAUCUCACCUUGCUACUCCAGCCGACGGUCCAGUGAGGCAUCGCAAUUUGGGGUUAAUCGUCAUAACAAUAUCAGUUCAGCUGAUUCCUAUGACCCAAUCUCUACUGAUUUAUCCCGACGCUCCAGUGAAGCUAGCCAAUGUGGAGGUGGCGGUGGCGGUGGAGCAGGGGGGUCAAAUCUCCCCAGCCUUCUCAGUUUGACUCCAGCUCAGCAUUAUCGUCUCAAAGCAAAAUAUGCAGCUGCCAUUGGUGGAGCCCCACCUACUCCCUUACCUAAUAUGGAAAGAAUGAGCCUUAGGACCCGAAUGGCCCUCUAUAGUGACUCUCAGGAAUGUUCAUCGCACCAGUACCACCAGCCACCUUCUGGAACAGUGCCCAGACGAUGCAGUGAUAUUGCGUAUAGCAAUCACAGCAUGAUGCCCCAUGAAGUACCGGCCAACCUUCCACGCCGAGCCAGUGACCCAGUGCGUCGUCCCAGCCUUGACCACUUGGCCCUUUCAGCAGUACAGCGCUACAACAGUAUGAACAGUAUGAAUAGUUCAUCAGAAUGUCAACAAGCAUUGGCAAUGCAUGGUUACACUCGUUCUGAUGGCAACCUGCAACGAUACCCAUUUAACCCCAGACCGCCAAGCAUUUCAGAGAAUGUAGCCAUGGAGAACAUGGCUAUAGAUGGGAUGGGAAAUGGGGGAGAACAAGGUGCGGAGGAUGAUUUAGUUAUUCCAGAUGACAUGGUGCAAUACCUGAGGUCCCAAAAUUCUAGCACCCAAAGUCACAUUUUUGGACAAGGGAACCACCAGUUUAAUAACCAGUCUCAGGGCUAUCAGACAGGCAUUGCCCCACGAGCCUCAUAUUAUUCCCAGAGAAGGGCUGCCAUGGUUGAUGCCUGCAUGAUGCAGUCUGGUCAGGAUAUAGAUCGUAGUGACUCACAACAUCCCUUUUCAGCAUCGCCACACUUGAAUAAGAAUAAUAUGCCAGUGCAGUGGAAUGAGGUGAGUUCAGGAACAGUGGACACUGUGACAAAGCUCCCCAAACAGCAACAUUCUCUCAGGGGUAACCUAGCUGUUGUUCCACAGCGAAGCAAUUUUGGUUCCCUGCAGGCACAAGGUCAAAGCCUUGGCAGCAACCAGCAGGUCAUACCAAUGAAUCAGAACAUUUAUAAGCAGGGCUAUGCAAACAACAACAGCAAGAAGUUGAACAACCCUCACUAUCGACAAAGACAGUGUGGAAAUUUGAAAUUUAGCGAUCAAAAUUCUUUACAAGGGUUUAGCCAAGACACGAUUCAAAAUUCUGUAUCUCAAAACAAUAACAUGAACCCUACAUGGAAUGUAGUGACAGAUCAAGGUCUGCAAAGUUACAGAGAAAGGACACAAGCUGAUAAUUAUUCUCAUGUGAAUCAAGUGCUUCAUCAACAGCACCAUAAUAUUUCACGCCAACACAGCAAUGUACAUCAUGGUACGAGUGGAAUGUUACCACCAAGACCUCCAGUAGAGCCAAAGCCAGGUAGCAGGCACCUUCCUGGUACUGGUAUGAUGCAAUUAAACCGAUUACCUAAAUUAUCAGAUGUGAGUCCCGGCCUGCGUAAUGAUACGUCAGAGGCAAGUCCAAAAAGGACCAAUGGGUCGACAGCCCAACGAAACAGCUCUGAGAAUCCUCACUCUGCAUUGUUCUAUACAGGUGAGAUUCAUUUGAUUGAACCAACUGCUGCCACUUUCGAUGCCCAGAUGUCCCCUAAUGUGAGCCAGAACCUUGCCAAUAACAGCAUUGUAGCGAGUAACAUGGCCUCACCGGGUGUCAACCAGGUCUCUAGCAGUACGGUGGAUUCUUCCACAAGUGGGAACGGUGGUGCCGAACACACCCAAAUAGAUUUCGACUCCAUGUUAGAUGAUGGAGAUCACUCUAGCCUGAUGUCAGGGACCCUGAGCCCUGGCCUUUUGCAGAGCCUCUCCCAGAAUUCAUCUCGCCUCACUACCCCUCGCAAUUCUGUUACACUUGCAUCCGUACCAGCAGGAAUUGGCAACAUGGCCAUUGGUGAUAUGAGCUCAAUGCUGACAGCACUGGCUGAAGAAAGUAAGUUCCUCAGCAUGAUUAGUUAG